ACCACUGAGCUGUACCGAUAGCUCCCUUUACUCUCUCUCUCUCUCUCUCUCUCUCUGUGUCUGUCUGUUUGUGAGAUCUAUACCCCUAGUCCAACCCCUCAGAUCCUACCAUUAAAUGCGCCGCCCGUCUCCGCCGUGCUCCACCGCGGAAUGCGGUAGCACCGCUCCCGAAGGCUAGCCCGGCCGCCACGAUCGCGCCCCCCACCCCACCCACCACCAGAUCCACCCACAAUUCUCCCUCCUCCGACCUCCGAUGGGCUCCGCUCAGUCCUCCCAACCCCGAGGCGAGGAAGACGAGGAAGAAGAAGAAGAAGAAGAAGAAGAGGAAGAAGACGAGGAGAACGGGAGGGCGUCCAAGCGCUCGAAUGAGAAGGUUUUGGAGCAAGAGCCGGAGAUCCUCCCCUACCAUACCUCCGCCACACCCCUCACACCCCAGCUCUCGACCGCCAGCUCCCCCCGCCUGCUCGGCCCCUCCAUCAAGGUCUGGGACCCCUGCAACGUCCUCCUCCAGCCCCCUCCACCGUUUUUAUAUCCCCGGAGCUUCGAUUCCGAUGCCGCUGGGGAUUCGUCUGCCACCGACGUGUUUCUCAUCAACCAUGGCGAGAGUGGGGUUAGCUUGCGACCAGAUCUGGUCGGAGGGCGGUGGCCCGCCGCGAAGCUGACCGCCGCCGGGGAGCGCCAGGCCAGGGCGUUGGCUGUGUUCCUCAAUUCUCAAGGUAUAAGGUUCGGUGCUGUCUACACUUCGCCGCUGGAUCGAGCAAGGUCGACUGCACUCUCUGUUUGUCGGGAGUUAAAUUUCCCAGAGGAACAAAUACAAUCUACUGAUGCUUUGCUUGAAAUGAAUCAAGGUCAGUGGGAGGGCUGCUUGCGGUCAGAAAUCUACACCCCCGAAAUGGUCAGCUUGAUUGAUAGAUACCAACCGGACUUCUCAGCACCUUCAGGUGAAUCAAUUAGACAGGUGGAGUUUCGUGUGAUUGAAUUCCUCAACAGAACUGUUGUAAGGCUGCAUGAAAAGAUGAGCACCGGAGAACUUUUAAUGCAUCAGAAUGAGACCAGGGCUUUCUCACGCCACAGCUCAGCCAAUUCGGUGCAGGAGCGAGAGGGGCCUCACUGGGUUGAUUUGCCUUACAGGCUCAACCGACAAGGAAUGACGAGGAAGAGAUCCAGUAAGAGCAGACUCCAGAUCGUGACCACUGUGGAUAAUGAUAUUGAAGAUGACUUCUCCCCAAGAGAGGCCAACCAUGGGAACUUUCAUGAAGCAAAUAACAGAAACUCCACCAACUCCAUUGGGGUCUUCACUCAUGCAACCCCAAUCAAAUGCCUUCUCACCAGCCUAUUAAAUUGCAGUCCAGUUAUGUCUCAUAAGAUCUGCAUAGAUGAUUCUUCUGUGACAGUUCUGCAGCACUCUCUAAGAACAGGAUGGCGUAUAAAGAGGCUGAAUGAUACCUCACAUCUCAGGCUUCUGUAGGCAUUUAAAGGAUAUCCCUCUUCCUCAUCUCUGUUAGGCUUAAAGGCUUUAAGUUUUACAUAUCAUGCCAUGUUCUUCUGAUUAAUUUGGUUUUGUGCUAGAUUUCUUGCCGAUUGAGAGCAUUGUUUUGUUAUUUAAUGUGAUGAUGGGAACUGGGGUAGCUGCAUCCAUGUUUGAAUAAUAUGCAGUGCUUGAUGCCCCAAAAGAGAGGAAACAACAGUGGGAUAUGGGGAAGCUGAAGCAGUUAUUUCUGUUCAUUUUUCGUAGCAUUAUUAGCAGCAAAAGCUAAGGAGUUGGAAGUUGUUCUUUGAGUUGUUGUAUGUGCAAUUUUUUUAAUAUUUGAACAUUACCUAAUUUAUAAGUGCAUUUUACUAAUUUCCAUA